CGCGCUACAGGAGGAGAGGCGCACACGACACGCGCGGAUGUGGAGAUAACCCCAAGAACUCGUCUUAGAGACACCUGAAACCAGCGUCGUGUGAAAAUAAUGAUGUCUUCCUACAUUCAAAGCAUUUCUGUGCCUCCUUGUGGUUUGGUGUAACACUGACAUCUGAACUACAGGUCUCAUCUCAGCUCACUCAAAAAAAAAAAAAAACAAGAACCUGGAAGCAGGAUUUGAAAUUCAACAUUUUACCUCAAAGCAAAGUUUUAGUGUUUUUCCCAAAGGGGUCAUGCCCCACCUACUCAACAAUGACAGUUCCUACAGCUCCAGACAAGAGCUGCUGGAUCUGCAAGAUGGACCAAUUGUCCCCAGUGUGGAAUUGCCGAGCCCACUGGAGUCACAGGUCAGCACACCUACUGGCUCCACCCUUCACCGUCCAUCUGCAGAUGCCCCCAUCAAGACAACCAGGAACACUGUUAACCUCGCCGGGGCAACAGUGGGGGUUAAUUUUCUGUCCUCAGACACAGAGAACUUGUGUGGAUGGGGAGCUCUGACCCCCCACUUCAUCCAGAACUUCAACACGGUCCGCUGGGUGCUGUUCUUCCUGUGUGUGGCCUCAUUCCUUCAGGGCAUGAUAAUCAACGGUUUCAUCAACACCGUCAUCACGUCUAUCGAGAGACGCUUUGACUUGCGCAGCUAUCAGGCCGGACUCAUUGCUAGCUCCUAUGACAUUGCUGCAUGCGUGUGCCUGACAUUUGUGAGCUAUUUUGGUGGCACAGGACACAAGCCCCGCUGGCUGGGCUGGGGAGUUUUCAUAAUGGCACUCGGCUCAAUUGUGUUUGCACUGCCGCACUUCACCACGCCACCUUACCAGCCCAGAGUACUGGAUCAUACAGGGCUCUGCUCAGCCAAUCAGACGGAUGGGUGCGGGGACAACCAAGGAAAUGCACUCUCAUUGUACCGUUACGUCUUCAUGCUGGGCCAAUUUCUGCAUGGUGUUGGUGCUACACCACUCUACACACUUGGCGUUACUUACCUGGAUGAGAACGUCAAGUCCAGUUAUGCGCCAGUCUACAUUGGUAUCUUCUACACUGCGGCUAUAAUAGGCCCGGCAGCUGGUUACCUGCUGGGUGGCUUCUUCCUCAAGACAUACACGGAAAUUGGCCAAACAACUCUACUGACCCCGGAAAGCCCACUGUGGGUGGGGGCUUGGUGGAUUGGGUUCCUGGCAGGAGGAGCUGCUGCCCUCAUCACCGCUAUACCUAUUUUGGGUUAUCCUCGCCAACUGCCAGGUUCUCAGCGCUUUCUAGCCAUGCGUGUAUCUGAGGCCCAUCAGCUGAAGGAUGGAAGUCAAGCAACCGCCUCUGAUCCCCAGUUUGGCAAGACAGUAAAAGACAUGCCGAGGUCAGUGUUGCUGCUGUUAAAGAACCCUACGUUUAUUUUUCUGUGUCUGGCUGGUGCUACAGAGGCCACUCUAAUCGCUGGCAUGUCCACUUUUGGGCCCAAGUUCCUGGAGUCUCAGUUCAGUCUUAGUGCAUCAGAGGCAGCCACCUGGUUUGGCUACAUGGUGGUUCCAGCUGGAGGGGGCGGCACCUUCCUGGGUGGAUACAUCGUGAAGAAGCUGAAGCUACGUUGCCGUGGCAUCAUCCGCUUCUGCAUGCUCUGUGCACUGGUGAGCCUCAUGGCCGUCUUCAUCUUCCUCCUGCACUGCCCCAACGUGCCUAUGGCUGGAGUGACCACACCGUACCCGAGCAGACCUCAGAACAUCAGCUCCUCCUACACACAGCUUCAGAGCAGUUUUUUAGUAGGUAGUAAUUUGACUGUGGAGUGUAAUGCAGAAUGCCACUGUGUGGAGGCGCUGUAUAACCCAGUGUGUGGAGCUGAUGGUGUGAUGUACUACUCUGCCUGCCAUGCUGGCUGCAGUGCUGUUAACAACACACACAGCAGCACAGAAAGUCAGACAUUCACAGGCUGUAGCUGCAUUUUGGGCAAUACUUCGAGAGGCGAGGAAGGCCUGGCCGUAGCAGGAAAAUGCAUUUCCUCUUGCAGCCACAUGGCAGUCUUCCUUGCCUUCUUCUUCAUCAUCAUUUCCUUCACCUUUCUGUGCAGUAUCCCUGCUCUCACGGCUACUCUGAGGUGUGUCCCUGACAAUCAGAGGUCAUUUGGACUGGGGAUACAGUGGAUUGUGGUGCGAACACUGGGAGGCAUCCCAGGUCCAAUCGCGUUUGGUUCAGUGAUUGACAUCUCAUGUUUGCUGUGGCAAGAGCAGUGUGGAGAACGUGGGUCCUGUUACCUAUACCAGAAUUCUGCCAUGAGCCAAUACACACUCAUAGCUGGAAUCAUCUACAAGUUUUUGGGCACUGUUUUCUUCAUGCUGGCAAGCGUGCUGUAUAAACCUCCUCCCGAUUCUCCUCAGAAUAGCUGUGAGAACACUGACCACAGUGCAGUAGACCAAGGCGUCACGGUUGGACACCUUCCAGUCAAAGACAUCCCACCUGAGAUCAUAGCCAACGUUCAUGCCAAGUAGUGACCUUCGACUCCAAACACAGCCUGCAUGAGCGUGUGUGAAUGUGUGUCCAUCCACUUUAUCGCAACCCCAGACACGUGAACCUGCACUGUGGUUAUUAUGUAUAUUCUUUUGGGCCAGAGAGACAUGGCUCGCAUAAAUGUGAUCCAUCUGAUACAUAAAGAUUUAAUCGUGCAAUCUUCCUGCAGAUAGAUCACAUUUGUUCAUAAUGAACUGUUUAUAAAAUGCUGAAAAAUGCAAAAUAAGGGACAUGGGUCAUAGAUGAAAUGGUCAUGUUUGAAUAACCCUACGUGAUCAGCAUAGUUUAGUUAUUACAAUUCUUUAUUGACAGCCCAAGUUGUUCUGGAUCAGAGAUUCAAAGUUAGUCCUAAAAGUCCAUCACCCAUCACAGCAAGUCUAAUUUCUGCAUGGUUUGAAAAAUUAUUUAGCAGCUUGAUUGGAUACUGUUUGGAGCAGGGAGGUGCUUCAGGGCACCCAGCCAAAGAUAAUCAGACUUUUGUUUUUAUUUUUUUUUUUCCCCAAAUGUAUGCAAUGCCACUUUUAAGCUGGUGCAAACAGUGUGGCCAUUAUUCUCCCACAACAUUUUUCACAUUGGCUAAUGAAUUAUUGCUGGGUGACCAACAAUUGUAUUUCUUGUUCAUCAUCAUCAUUCUUGUUCAGACUGCCAAAUGAACCCAACUUUUAAUUAGAAUUUUGAAGCUUAAUAAUUUUGCAGAAGUAAAAAAGCUCAAUUUAAGCUAUAAAAGAACUACAGCAGAAUGACAUAACUUCAACAUCACCAGCACUAAUCUUCCAUGCUCACUGAAAAGGAUCCUCUGUGGAUGCCCUUUUGGUAGGUUAAUCCAAAUGACUGAAAAGUUUGAGUCAGAGUAGUCUGAAAGAACGCAAGAAUAAACAGACUAUUCUAGAUGAGUUUCCUGUUCACCAUAAUCACUUUUAAUAUCCCUCUGCAUUCCCAUUUAGCCCAAUAGUUAUAAACUUACGAGAGGCAUAAUACUGAUGCACUUUUUGUCCUAGAAUAAAACGUGAAAAAACAAAUUGACUUCAUGUGGGGAAAAAAGCUAAUUUCUGGGGUUUAGAACUCGUUCCUGCAUCACUCUAUUAUCGUAUUAGACUGCAGUAUACUGCAUAUGUUAGUUUUAAAGAAAAUUUCACAAAAUCACAUCUCAUUCUUUCUCUUCGUUAACUGAUCGAUCCUGGGAACACUGGAUACCAAUGCACACAUUCACAUGCUAAUUCACACAUGGGGCUUAAUUUAGAGUAGCUAGUCCACCUACUGGUAGGUGAGAAGAAACCAGAGGAUCUAUCCUGGAGCUUUGAGGCGGCACCGAUACUGUGCUGCCCCUCCACUGUGCUGUUUUUCAUUUCUCUAUAGAUUAGGUAUCAAAUAAACAGUAUAUUGACUUGUCCUUUCUACUAUAAAAAGCUACCCUGUUUAAAAUAGCACUUCAAGAAAAUUAAACAAUGGGUACUAAUGCAUUCUAAAUGAUAUGGAAUAAAGAUUCAUCAAAUGGUUGAAAACACAGUAAUUAAAUCAACCAUUUAUUUUAAUGGCUUUCUUGCAGAUAGCAAGGAUAAUCUAUAUAUAUUAUACUCGACUACUUCACAAGAAGCAAAAGAUUCAGAUGAUCGUGUGACGAUCCUGCUGAGCUGUUACUCGUAUAACCUGCAACUCUGUUUGCACUUUAACUUCUUAAAACUAAUUCACUGAUUCACUGAUCACCAUGUAUGAGUAUAUCAGCUAUAAUUUUAAUACGUUAUAGAAGCCAGUAUCAGUGUUCUAACUACGCCACACGUUUCUUUAAGAUUUUGUCACGUCUUUUUUCUAUGGCUAAGUAAAUGUACAAAUGGGACCUAGAGCUUUAUGCUUUUAGAAAAGAUUUCCAGUGCCAAAAUACAGUUCUUUAGGACUGUGCAGGUCAGAAUGGCCUUAUGGGUUUGGUUUAUGCUGCAGCUUGCAAAAUAAUAUGAAGAAGAGGAUGGGGUUAAUGUAGGUAAUGUUUGUUUAGAAGUGUAACUUUUUGGAAUGGGAAACUGUAUGAUGUGUGAUUUAUUUUGUACAAAAAUUCUGCAUAUAUUCAUAAGAACUGCUAUAAUUUGUCAUCAAACUUUUGCAAAGCCAAAAGCUGAAUCCAUAACUGUCAUAUCACCACAUUGUGAUACCUUAUACACUAUGAUUAUUUUUACCAGCACAAAUAUCCACUCUUUUUAAUCCACUUGUGUUGAAAGACUGUUUCUAUAACAAUUAUAGAUUUGGAGGUUUUUGAAAAUUAGUCAGUGUUUUGAAGCUCUAACGCUCUCGGCCCAUGAAAUGCACUCCAGAAACGUUUUGAGGAUUUGCACAACAAUGUAACAAACACAAUGUAAACAAAAAUGUGAGAGGUGAUAAUAGCAGAUUUUUUUGUAUGGUUUAUACUGUAUUUAUUGUGUUUACCCUAAUAACUGCAAGCAAUUGUGCCUCAUACUGUAUGUCAUCGUGUUACUCCCAGUAAACAUUUGUGAGUGAUUAAUGUGAUUCUCUUCAUGUUAGUUGUAGAUUUGAAUAGCAACAUCCCAUCACAUACAAUUAUGAAUGAGGGUUGGGGUAAGAAGCAGCUUUACAUUUCUGGUUUGAUACUUUUGUUUAAAAUCUCUUUUUGAUGCAAAACGUUUCAGUAAAUGUUUUUUAAGAAGGGACAGCUAAAUCCACAAACCUGUGUCUGAGUCAUGUUUCAUGUGUGUGUGUCGCAUAGUUUAUUAGAAUGGAAAUGUAUUGGAACUAAAAUGCACACAUUCCUCAGGACUAAGCCGAAACACUGGCCUCCAAACAAGGUGUGAUUUCACCAAAUAAAGAGUUUCAUUUUUUAAA